CAUAUAGAUUUCCUCUUAUAUAAAGGGGUCACAAACAAGUGAAGAAACUUGCAAGCAAUGGUUCAUCAGUAGUUUUCGCUAGUGACCUCGUCCCUCUCCCUCUACCCUCUCAUCAUCACAUGAGCUCAUUUCGAGAUCCCGAAGGACUAGAGAGAUAGGUAAUUUUCCCUACUUCGUCCUCGUAUCGAGAGUGUUUGCAAGUAAUAUAUAUUUGGAUCGAUGGAGAUAUCGUCCAUUCUCUUCGUUGCUCUACUACUUGUCAUGCUUGUUGUUUUCCUCCUGGAACUGAUGACAUGCAAGCCCCCACGAGCUGGUCCCAAACUAUUUAACCACUGCCCACCGUCUUAUCCCAUCAUCGGGUGCUUGCUUUCCUUCUACAAGAACCGACGCCGGCUUCUGGAUUGGUACACGGAAAUGCUAUCCCAGUCUCCCACGAGCACAAUCUUGGUGCAGCGGCUCGGAGCUAGAAGGACCAUCAUAACGGCAAACCCUAAAAAUGUCGAGUAUAUGCUCAAGACCAACUUCAAGAACUACCCAAAGGGUAAGCCCUUCACAGAUAUCCUAGGGGAUUUCCUCGGUUCCGGUAUAUUUAACGUCGAUGGCGAGCUUUGGUGGAAGCAACGUAAGCUAGCAAGCCACGAGUUUAGCACGAAUUCCUUGCGAGAUUACGCCAUGAAUGCACUUCGGAAAGAAGUCAAGAACGAGUUAUUGCCAGCACUGGAGCUUGUGGCCGAAGACGGCCAGACAGUGGAUUUGCAGGACUUGCUCAAGCGACUGACGUUCAACUUGAUAUGCAAGGUCUCGUUGGGGAUAGAUCCUUGCUCCCUCGACCUGUCGCUUCCCAACUCCCCGCUUGCCAAAGCUUUUGAUAUAUCGUCGGAGAUCUGUGCGAGGCGUGGGGCGGCAACCUUGCUCAUCUCGUGGAAGAUCAAGAGGUGGCUCGGAGUUGGAUCCGAGCGGAAUCUGAGGGAAGCAGUUCAAGAAAUUCAUACGACUAUAGGACGAGCCAUCCACGAGAAGAUCAAGAAAAUGGACGAGAAGACAAGGAUUACAUCUACCAAUAGACUGGACCUCCUGUCUCGGCUGAUAUCCGCAGGAUAUGAUGAGGAAAUCAUAAGGGACAUGGCAAUAAGCUUCAUCGUGGCCGGACGGGACACGACUUCAGCAGCAAUGACAUGGCUCUUCUGGCUACUUUCCUGCCACCCAGACAUCGAGCAAGGACUAUUGAGGGAAAUAGAGCUAGUCGCGAAGGGAAACGAACUGGACUAUGAAUCAUUGAGUGAAUUGCGACUCUUGGAUGCUUGUCUUUACGAGUCCAUGAGGCUCUAUCCGCCGGUCGCAUGGGACUCCAAGCAUGCUAUCUCAGAUGACUCGUUGCCCGAUGGCACUCUCGUAAAAUCGGGGGACAGAGUGACUUACUUCCCUUAUGGGAUGGGCAGGAUGGAGGCUCUGUGGGGGAAAGACCCGCUCGAGUUCAAACCGAGCCGUUGGCUCAGUGAAGCCUACCUUGAGACAUCAAGGGAGCUCAAGAAGGUAAGCCCUUUCAAGUUCCCAAUCUUCCAGGCCGGCCCGAGGGAUUGCAUCGGGAAGCAGAUGGCGUUCGUUCAGAUGAAGUACGUGGUGGCUUCAAUUCUUCGGAGGUUCGAUAUCAAACCGGUCGAUGAGGGCCGACCGGUUUUCGUCCCAAUGUUGACGGCACAUAUGGCGGGCGGCUUUCAGGUUUCGGUCCACAAGAGAGUCUAAUAGAUUAGCAGUAAAGAAGUCAUUAAAUUAGCAACACUCACUUGUUCGGGAGUUUGAAAUUUUGUUUGGACAACCAUCCUUUGUAAUUGUCUGACAUGGUCCGAGGAAAAUGGAUUCUGUACGGAAAUCACAUGCUCUAAAA